AUGGCUGCGCCGUCAGCGAAAAAACGGCUUGUCCACCACCUUGACACGCCCUUCUCUACCUCAUCAUGGCCCGAAAUCUCAAUUGAUGACCAAGACUCAAUCUUGGAGCUCCUUUGCCACCUUUUGAGCCCUAUAGGGCAGCACCGCCGAAUACACACAAAAACUUCCAAAGGAAAGCGGGCUGCCAAAAGGGAAAAAAGAGCCAAGUCCAAGGUAGACGAGGUACCAAACUCAGUCAAGAUACCGACUCCGCCCAGUCCAGAGCUCAGUGCAAGCGUGGACGUUGGCUUCAAUUCGAUUACCAAAAAUCUCGGAUUGCAUACAUCACCUCCUGAUGAGUCAAACAAGUCUCACAAUGACUAUUCCAUGAUUUUUGUCGCUAGGGGAAGCCAGUCACAAGCGUUCAAUCAGCACUUCCCACAGCUGGUCGCGGCCGCGUCUCGAAAUCUACCCGACAAAGAGAAGAUACGGCUUGUCGGGUUUUCCAAGCCAUGUUCUGAAAAACUUGGUAGCGUACUCGGUAUACCGAGAGUCUCGUCGGUGGCUGUUUCUCGACAUGCGCCGGGAGCGGACGCUCUGUUUGCUGUCGUGCAGAAUCUUGUGGCCCCAGUCGACUCGCCUUGGCUUAAUGAGACCCCCAGCACCACCUACAAGCCAACUCAAAUUGGUUCUGUGGAAACAACUAUUGGAACGAAGAGGGAGAAAUGA